AUGUGUGUGCAAGAGGAUGAACAAGUUGAUCAAGAUAAUGAUAAAAGAAUUCCAUGGCCUUUGCAUUGUGAUCUAUUGCAUGCCCAGAUGGAUAAUACAGAAAAAGACUCUUCUUUUGGAAUUUCCAAUGGCCAGAUCAGUGUUGCAGAUUCAUUUCCUCUGGAAAGUAUUUGUGAAGAUGCAGAGACUACAGAGAAAAAACAGAACCUGAUAAAUUUUGUCCCCACGCUUCGGUCGGGAGAGUGGUCUGAUAUUGGAGGUCGGCCUUACAUGGAGGAUACUCAUAUAUGCAUCGGAGACUUGGCGAAGAAAUUCGGUUAUAAUGUUGUCUGCGACGAAACUAUUUCCUUUUAUGGUGUAUUUGAUGGACAUGGAGGGAAGAGUGCUGCUCAAUUUGUCCGCGAUCAUCUGCCGAGGGUGAUUGUUGAGGAUUCUGACUUCCCUCUUGAACUCGAGAAGGUGGUCACGAGGUCAUUUUUGGAGACUGAUUCGGAGUUUGCAAAAACAUGCUCGGCUGAAUCUUCGCUUUCUUCUGGUACAACUGCAUUGACAGCAAUUAUAUUUGGAAGGUCUUUACUCGUGGCUAAUGCCGGAGACUGCCGCGCUGUUUUGUCCCGGGCCGGAGGGGCUAUAGAAAUGUCCAAAGAUCACAGGCCGUUAUGUAUGAAAGAAAGGACGAGGAUUGAGUCGCUCGGCGGAUUUGUUGAUGAUGGUUACUUGAACGGACAGUUAGCAGUGACACGUGCUCUGGGCAACUGGCAUCUUGAAGGAAUGAAGGAAAUGAGUGGAAGAGGUGGACCAUUGAGUGCUGAACCAGAACUUAAACUGACAACAUUGACGAAAGAUGACGAGUUUAUGAUAAUCGGAAGCGAUGGAAUAUGGGAUGUUUUUCGUAGCCAAAAUGCGGUUGAUUUUGCUAGGAGGAAGCUUCAACAGCAUAAUGAUGUUAAACAAUGUUGCAAGGAAAUAGUAGGUGAAGCAAUAAAGAGAGGGGCAACAGAUAAUUUAACUGUUGUGAUGGUGUGUUUUCAAUCAGAUCCACCGCCACCUAUGAUUAUUGAAAGGCCUAAUAGAGUUAGGAGAAGUAUAUCUGCUGAGGGACUUCAGAAUCUUAAAUGUCUGCUAGAAGGAUAG